UUUGUUCAUUUGUUUGUCAUCGGCUAUGGAUGUUUAGAUUGACAACGACAGAUUCAAUAUCCAUUCAUUUUUGUCUGGUUGUUUCAAAUCGAAUAAGCUAAAUUGAAAUAAGUUUCUUCUUUUGAAAAUUCUUGAUUCAUCGGGUAUUUUUUUUGAAAAUUCAUUGUGCAGUGCGGUGUUCAUUUGAAUCAAAUUUCUAGUCAAACGUGGUCGAACUUGAAUUUCUUCAACAACAACAAAAAAAAUUUGUGAUAAACCAACCAAAUGACCAAAUAAACGAUCCUGAUUGAAUAUAAAAUUAUAAUGAUUUUAAAUAAAAAAUUUUCAAAUUUACAAACUUCAAUGGACGAUAGAAUAAGAAUCAUAAUGAAUUCAUUUCGAAAUAUUUUCUUCAUAAUUUACAUAUUUAUUACGUUAUCAUCGUUAUCAUUAUUUCCAUCAUCAACAACCGUGAAUGGACAACGUUUAUUAAAAAUAGCACAACCAUUACCGCCGGCACCACCACCACAAAUAAUAACGGAUGAAUUUAGUCCAUUAAUAACGGCAAGAUGUGAUCGUGGUAUAAUGUAUAUACAGAUUGUAACACAACAACCAUUUUAUGGUGUUGCACAUACACGUGAUUAUCGUAAAUCACAAUGUAUGAUUAUUGGUGAUGGUUCAUAUAAUACAACAUUGAAAAUAAGUUUAUUAGCACAACCGGAUGAUGAACUUUAUUGUGGUAUUCAACGUUUUAAGGUAAACAUUUUUUUCUUGAUAAAAUUGAUAAAAUUAUUAUCAUUCUCUCAUUUCAAUCAGGGUGAACGUUCAGUUGGAUUAGCUGUACGAAUGCAUAAAUCAUUAGAAUUAUCUGAAGAUCGUUUUUUCUAUCUGACCUGUCAAAAUGGUUAUCAAAAUAUACGUGGUGGUACUUAUCGUGUUAAUUUAAAACUUAUUGAUACAAAUACUGAACAACGUGCUGUACGAUUAAUACAUGGACAAUCAUAUAAAUUACGUGCUGAACUUUCACCAAAAGAUAGUAUAACAACAUUACGUAUGAAAAAUUGUUUUGUAUUUACAAAAUCAAAUGAUAAUGUUGAAUUAAUUGAUCGAUCCGGUUGUCCAGCUAUAACCAAUCUAAUAACACCAUUUUAUUAUAAUGAUUCAUCAACUGGUGAAGCAUAUAUUGCUGAAAUGUUUAAAUUUCCACAUGAUUCAAAAGUACAUUUUCAAUGUGAUGCAUUAUUAUGUAGAGAUAAUUGUGUUGAACCUGAUUGUGAAAAUAUUCAUUCAGAUAAACGUGAAUAUGAAUUGGAUGGUUAUUCACAUGUAUCAGCAUCUACAUCGGUUUUUAUUCGUGAACCAACCGAUUCUGAUGCAUUAAUCGAUGCAAAUCAAUCCGAUGUUGAAUGUACUGAAUGGCGUUUUCCAUGGCUUAUUACAUUGUGUAUUUGUUUGGCAAUAAUGUUAUUAGUUAUGUUAUUAUUGAAUCUAUUUAUGUGUUCAUCAUUAACAUGUCGUUGUAUAAAAACUGAUUUAAAUGAAAAAGAACCAACAGAUUUUGAUGAUUAUGAUCCAUAUCGUGCCGAUUGGACAGCACCAAAUUCAUUACAAGGUUCAAGAUAUUCAUUACAACAAGCCCGACAACAAUAUCCAAGUGAUGAAACAUUACAUUCAAAUAAUACAUCAAAUCCUGAUUAUCAUCAUCAUGAUAAUAAAGGAUUUAUUCCUACAACAACAACAACAAAUCAACAACAACCAACAAAAAGAUCAAAAAGAAAUGUUCAACCGCAUCAACAACAACAAUCCGAUAAUAGUAGCAGUAUUUCCGAAUCUGAUAAUGAAUCAAUUGAUCGUCAUCAUCAUCAUAAUCCUCAUCAUCAUCCUUAUCGAAAUGAUUAUCCAAUACAACAACAACAAGAUUCAUUACGUCCAAUACGUACACAUGAUAUUGAUUAUAGUUUUGAUUCACAGCAACAACCACAAGGAUAUCCAAAAACACAUACGAAACGAUUUUAAAUAACAAACAAAUUUCCUUAUAAAAAAAAUUAUAUAAUAUUCUGUUUUUUCAAAUUAACCCAUUCUGGUCGCUAUAUAUUUUCCUUAUACAA